UCAUCAUCAUCGUUAUUCUAUAAAGCUGUGGUGAACAUGGCGGCUUGUAUCAAUUGUCUAAUUUUACGACUGAUGUGACUUACUACGGUACUACCUAUGAUACUACUUGAUAGGUGUUCUGUGCUACUAGUUCUACAGUCAGUUAUAAUUCUCAGCCACUCUUUGUGGAGCUUUCUGUGCACGUUAACAAGUGCGUCGUUGACGGCGUAAUCAUGUCGGACGCCUGGAAGGAUAUGCAAGAGUUCAAAUCGCGGCAGUCGAGCCUGCGUGAACGUCUUCAGCGUCGCAAGAAAGAGCGCCAAGAGAUAGUACAGGCCAUCUCAACGGAGCCUGUCACAAGUACCGGCGAAGACAGUAGCGGAGCGCUGAGCUCUGCAAUAAACCAAUCCGUGGGAUCUCCACAACCAGGCCACCAGGCGACCGGUGCCCAGUGCCCUAGCACAGACUCUCCGGCCCCCGCUGAUGUAGACGAGGUGGAGCGCCGCUUGUUGCGCUGUCUUCUUGAUGUUGCACUGGACUUGCCAGCAGACUCGCGCCGACUGCAGGCCAUUGUGAGCCGGUCACUAGGCCGGGAUAUUGACCACAGUUCUCUUGAGGACUUGUUGCACAAGUUGGCUGCACAAGAACUUAUCGCACUUGGUGAGGACGUCACGGCUGAAGGGACCCCCUUCCUCCAAGUCACCUCAGCUGAGCACACCCGUCUACAAGCCUUUGUUGAUGCACAGGGGGAUGGCGACGAGAUGCGGGGGAAGCGAGGACAGAAGCGUUCUGCGCCUGACCCGAUUGAGUCGCUGCUUUCACUUCCAUCCGCGCGGGAGAAAGAGACCAAGCAGUUGGGCGAGGAAAUCCUAGAGCUCUUGAGCAAACCAACUGCCAAGGAGCGUUCUCUCGUUGAACGUUUCCGCUCGCAAGGUGGCGCACAGGUGCAAGAGUUUUGCCCACAUGGCACCAAGCAGGAGUGCAGCCGCAGCUCCAGUACUGGGACAGCUUGUAACAAGCUACACUUCAACAAGAUCAUCCAGAAGCACACAGACGAGUCCCUGGGCGACUGUUCCUUCCUCAACACGUGCUUUCACAUGGACAGCUGUAAAUAUGUGCACUACGAGGUGGACAGCAGUUCGGUGCCAAUGAGCCGACCUCCAGCGCUUUCGGGCGGUUCUUCUCCCCCAGCACUACUGCGGGGCACGGGGCCGACUGUGCUGCAUCCUCCUCAGUGGAUUCAGUGUGACCUGCGCUACUUUGACAUGAGCAUUCUGGGCAAGUUCUCUGUGGUGAUGGCAGACCCACCCUGGGACAUCCACAUGGAGCUCCCCUAUGGCACCAUGUCCGAUGAUGAGAUGCGGAAGCUCAAUGUUCCCAGCCUGACAGACGACGGCCUCAUCUUCCUGUGGGUAACAGGGAGAGCCAUGGAGCUGGGCCGGGAUUGCUUGAAGCUCUGGGGCUACGAGCGCUGUGACGAGCUCAUCUGGGUGAAGACCAACCAGCUGCAGCGCAUCAUCCGCACAGGCCGCACAGGCCACUGGCUCAAUCACGGCAAGGAGCACUGUCUGGUGGGAGUGAAGGGGAACCCCAAGGAAAUCAACCGGGGCCUUGACUGUGAUGUGAUAGUUGCGGAAGUUCGUGCAACAAGUCACAAGCCUGAUGAAAUCUACGGCAUCAUUGAGCGCUUGUCUCCAGGCACACGCAAGAUUGAGCUCUUUGGACGACCACACAAUGUCCAGCCCAACUGGAUCACUCUGGGCAACCAAGUGGAAGGAGUCCGGCUAACGGAUCCUGUGCUUAUCAACGAGUUCCGCAAGCAUUAUCCAGAUGGGGACUGCUUGAAGACACAUGGACCUGUUAACAUGGGUAUGGAUAUGUGGCCACCGGAUCCCCAGAUGAACCGGCCGAUGAUGAAUCCUAUGGUUGUGUACGGGGACCCGAUGGGUAUGCCCGACCCUGGCCUUAUGUAUGAAGGUCUUCCCCCUGUACCGUAUCACCACUAUCCUCCACCGCCAAUUGUGACACCCAUACCACGCCAAUAAAAGCUUUCUCUGGUA